AUGGCUUCUUUUCCUGCCCUACCCGAGGAGUUGGUCAUCGGCAUCUUCAGCUAUCUCGCUAAAGAGGAUCUGUGCGCAUUGCGACUGACGUCGAAACGGUUGGCCACCUCAACAUGCCGCAGUCUAUUCUCAACUGUGCGGCUGUGUCCUGCUUUUGAGAGCAUUGAGAAGUACAAUGCCAUGCUUGAGCAUCCCGACAUUAGCAAAGCUGUCCAUCAUGUGUACCUCAAUACAAUUGAGGAGGAUGCGCGAAUUCUUGACCAAUUUUUCAGAACCCUUGCAGAUGCAGCAGCAUCCAAUGUUAAGGACAUUUCCAUCAGGAACAUUCAGAACAUUAAUGACCCAGCGUUGGUUAAAAGCAAACAUUUCCAAACUGUGCUAUCCAGAAUUACUUCCCUUCGCUUAUUCAUCAUCACGGAACAUUACGACCCAGGUCUUGAAGAGGAUUUUACGCUUCCAGAACUCUACAACUUCAUGGACGAGCUUGUCGAAACCUGGCCCCUGCCCUGCUCCACCAACCUCACCAGCCUCGUCCUCUACAGCGACCAGUACUUCGGCUACAUGCCCAAGCUCGACCUCCGCGGCGUGCACUUCCCGCGCCUCCAGACCCUCGCGCUGGGAAACUACAUGUUCUCGCACGCAUGGCAGCUGGACUGGCUCGCCAGCCACGCGGCCACCCUGCAGCACCUCUACCUCGACGACUGCAGCAUCGUGCACUACGCGCUCCUCUACGCCUACCCGGACGCCGAGGGCUACGUCGCCAACCCGCUUCAGCCGCUGCCGGAGCUGCAGCAGCGGCCCGUGAUCCGCAACUACUCCUUACGCUGGUCCCAUACCUUCGACCGCCUGCGCAGAUCGCUGCACCGCCUGAAAACCUUCCGCAUGGGCUCCAGCGGGCUCAUGGGGUGGCGCCGCCGCCACCGCCGCGGCCAAGAGCCCCUCACUGCGGACCCGUCCGAUCCCGCUGUCUACACCAGCCUGCCGCUCGGACUGUUCCCCGACCGCUACUUGCUGUGCCAUAUGGGCAUGGGCCCGAGCUGGUACACGGAUCUCGGUACGUUGUCGUGGCCGUGCGAAGACGAGUAUGGGACACGCGAAGGGGAUGAUGAGCUGAUGGCGUUUGUGGAUCAGUUGGAGGAGGGUGUGUUGGAUCGGGAGGAUAAGGAGGCGCUGGUGAGGUUGGUGGAGGGGAUUGGGCAAGGGGGUGCGGAAGAUGUGAAGGGGAUGAUGGAGAGGGGGUGGGGCUGGCGGAAUGAGUCCGUGUACGGACACAUAUGA